AUGGACGGCGAUUGGGCUGAGGUCACCCGGAUUCCGUUCCCGCCUCCAGGCGUGCACGCGAUGCCCACUCCGGUUGCGACUAUGACCUUCGACAACUCUCAGGAACUUCUUUGGACAGGUAACGAAUAUGGUCGAGUCACUUCCUUCUAUGGGACCGAACUGCAGCGAUAUACCUCCUUCAAGGCCCAUGCAUCCUCUGAUGGCCCGAUUCGUCAGAUACUCGUCAAUGAGAAAGGCAUUGUUUCUCUGGGUGCUAAAGAUGUGCAUAUGGCUAUUCGGAGAGGACUGCCUAUAUGGCAUAUUAGGCAUGACGAUAUGAAAGAUUUGCGAUGUAUGAGCUUUACGUCUAAGGGAACGGCAGAGAUUAUCGCUGCAGGAAUGCAAGAGACGAUGCUUGUCAUUGACCUCAUUAAGGGUGAUGUUGUCAAACAAGUACCUACCGAACAUCAGUACACGAUAAUGAGACGCGGGCGAUAUAUAUGCGCCGCAACUCAGACUGGCUCCGUCAACUUACUAGAUCCUGUCACUUUUGCUGUCGUCAAGUCUUGGAAUGCACACUCUGCUUUGAUCAAUGACAUGGACGCUCAGCAUGACUUCAUCGUAACUUGCGGAUACUCCUUAAGACAGGGUCAGAAUUAUAUGCUUGACCCCUUCCUCAACGUCUUCGAUAUAAAGAAGAUGUCAUCGAUGCCCCCUAUCCCUUUCCCAGCUGGCGCUGCCUACGUGCGCAUGCACCCGAGGAUGUUGACGACCAGCAUCGUUGUCUCACAAAGUGGGCAAAUGCAUGUUGUUGACUUAAUGAAUCCCAACACAAGCGACGUACGGUUGGCUAAUGUUACUUCCUACUUGAGUAUGUUUGAGAUUGCACCCUCCGGUGAGGCAAUUGCCCUCACAGAUGCUGAUUGCUCUAUCCACCUCUGGGGAUCCCCAACAAAACUCCAUUUCGUGGACUUACCAACUCCGAUCGAAUUCGCAACUCCUGAAGAGCCCCUACCCAACAUUGAUUGGGGCCCAGAUACGCCCCUGAACAUGAUCGGAUUGCCUCAUUAUCGGGAAGCUCUGGCAUCCGCCUGGCCAGACAUCCCCUGCGAUGUUGGAGCACCUCCUGUUAAGUUUGAUCCACAGUUCCUGGCAGGGCUCAAGCCGACUGAGUUUGGGAUGUACGGUCGAAAUACUCGGGGUUUGCGAAGAAAUCAGGCUGAAAACACUCGAAACGUGAGCAAAUCAGGAAGCUCUGGGCUCAAGGCCCCCAAAUUCCUUAGUGAAAAAGCUCGCGAGCUUGCUUCCAGUAACGCUGCUGCCUCUGAUAAGAAGGCUGACGAGCUGAUCAGCUCUUUUACUGAUAUGGGACUCGAAAGCAAGAAGUCUGACGUCCCAGUCAUGUAUAGAACCGUUGAGAUCAAAUACAGCAAAUUCGGUGUGGACGACUUUGACUUUGGUUUCUACAACAACACGCGAUACUCUGGACUCGAGACUCAUAUCUCGAAUUCAUAUGCUAACUCACUUUUACAAAUCAUGCACUUCACCCCUGUCAUUCGAAAUCUUGCUCUUCAGCAUGCUGCUACCUCUUGCGUGAGCGAGAUAUGCCUGCUGUGCGAGCUUGGAUUCUUGUUUGAUAUGCUUCAAAAGGCCGAAGGCUCGAUAUGCCAAGCAACGAACUUACUGAAAACCCUAAGCAAUCACCCUCAAGCCGGUCCACUUGGUCUACUCGAGGAGGAUCCUCAUGGAUCAUCUCUUAACGUUAUGCUCCAAGGACUCACUCGCUUUCUCCUGGAUAAAAUCGUGCAUGAUUAUAGGACUAUCAACCCAUCGUCGACUGCCAUGGACCAGGUACUGGCCACUUCCGCAACGACCUCAAUCAGAUGCAUAAACUGUAGGAGCGAAUAUACUCGACCGGGGUCAACAUAUGUCAAUGAUCUGCUUUAUCCAUCCCCUGCUGGCAGUCGAAAUGCCAAGUUACCACGCAUCAGCUUUUCUCAAGUUCUCAAAAAUAGCGUUGAAAGAGAAACGACGUCCAAAGGAUGGUGUAGUCGAUGUCAGCGGUACCAGACCAUAGCGACGAGAAAGAGCAUUCAUAGUAUACCGGCUGUACUCAUGCUAAACACUGCCAUCACAAACCAAGAUCAACGAAUGCUUUGGUCAACACCAGGCUGGCUUCCCGAGGAGAUUGGAAUCAUCGUAGAGCAAGGGCAGUUUUUCUGUUACGAAGGCGAAGACCUGAAACUUCAUCUCCAGAGGGGCAUCCACAACAUCACAGUGUAUUCGCUGACAGGUAUGGCCAUCAACAUCGAGAGCGGACAAACGCAAAAGUCACACCUUGUCUCGAUGGUCAAUGUGGCACAUUCGGAACCAGAGGCGCCUGGAGAGAGUCGAUGGCAUCUUUUCAACGACUUCUUGGUGAGGUCGGUCAGCACGGAAGAGGCACUAGCUUUCAACACAUCUUGGAAGGUCCCGUCUGUAAUUGCAUACCAGAUAAAGGAUGAGAACAACAAGAUCGAUACUGAAUGGAGGAGCAACAUUGAUACUUCCAUACUUUACCAAGACUUCAAUGCAAACGCCGAUUCAUCGACAAAGACCUAUCAAGUGCUCAACCCUGAAACGGAGGCCCCUGGCCCCGACACCAUUAUUGCACUGGACACUGAGUUUGUUGCUGUGCGACAACCUGAAAUUGAAAUGAACUCUGACGGUGAGCGGGAAACCAUACGGCCGAUAGUGUACGCACUUGCUCGUGCAUCAGUUGUCCGCGGUCAGGGGGAAAACGAAGGGACACCCUUCAUCGAUGAUUACAUAAACAUCAAGGAACCGAUUGUCGACUAUUUGACAUCGUAUUCGGGCAUCACUGAACAAGAUUUGGACCCUAGAGUUUCGAAACAUAGUCUCCUGUCAUUGAAGAUGGCAUACAAGAAGAUGUGGAUUCUUCUUAACCUCGGAUGCAAGUUCCUUGGCCACGGACUAAAACAAGACUUCCGAGUUAUCAACAUACACAUUCCUAAAUUGCAGGUCGUCGACACGAUUGACCUGUUCUUCCUCCAAAGUCGGUUAAGGAGGCUAUCGCUGGCAUUUCUGGCGUGGUAUCUCUUGAAGGAAGAUAUCCAAAUGGAGACCCACGAUUCGAUCGAAGAUUCACGGACAGCACUCAAGUUGUAUAAGAAGUAUCUCGAGUUCCAGGAUGCCGGAAUCUUGGAGACCAUGUUGCAAGAUAUUUAUCGAGCUGGUCGAGAGGUUAACUUCAAGCCGCCUCGCAAGGAUGGCCAGCACAUCCCGAGGACGGACACGCCCCCUCCUUUGCCAGUCGAUGGCUCAACAGGGCCGGUGACGCCUGUCAGAAGCAACAACAUUUUGGCACAGACACCUGGAUCUGCGUUUGGAGGUGGCUCUAACUGGACACCAGGAAAGGGAUCACCAUUACCAUAG